CGUUGCUAUCGUUGAUGCAGUGUCAAGACAUCGUUUUCUGUGAAAGAAAGAGGAGCACUCUGCACCGGAAUCCGAAAGCACUGGUGACUAGACUUUGAAUCGAAGACAACGCAUUAUAGCUAGUCGAAGCAAAGCAGAGCAAAGGGAGAAAAAAAAUAAAAAAAAUAAAACCUAGCUAAGCAAAGCGAACCAUGAUGAGAGUCAACGCUAUCCGGAAGGCCGGCGCGGUUGCAUCCAGGGGAAUGCAGACCGCCGGCAGGGCCUCCGCCGCGAGAGCCUCCUUUUCCACCGAAGGGGACAACCGAAAGGAACUCGAAUACCCCCGUGCCGUUUCGAAAGAAGAGGCUCCCUCCAUCAAGCCCGCCAAGGAAACCACCGAGGAGCCCUUUUUGCCCUGGAGGGGCUGGAUGGAACGCGUCUUCCGGGACAAGAUGAGCCCCGAAACCUUCGACACGGUCAAGGGCUUCUUUUAUUUCUGGCCCGAGGAUCCAAACAACCUCAACCAGCUGCCCUACCCCAACCAGAAGCACAUCUACAGCAAGGACGGAAAGGAAUCCGUCGCCAUCCGCGAGGUAUCUCCGGGUAGCCAGCCCUUUGUGGAGAUUCCUACCAAGGACCUCGACGACGAUCCCUACGAYUCGGGAUACUUCAAGCGCGACACCCGCCGCCGGUACGUGGAUCCCGAGUUCCCACACCCGGACGUGGAGCAGAUCAAGCUGGACAUGCUCGACGAGAACGAUCCGGAGGUCGUUGCGGCCAAGGAACGCCUUGCGGCCGGCCCCCUGUCGUCGCAGGGAAACGGUGGAAUCUUUGCCAACGGAAAGUCGGAGACCGGCCUGAGCGGUCUGCGGGCMGUYAUGUCCGUCACCAACGACGAGCUCUUUGCGGAACUGGACAAGCACAUGCCGGACCACGUGAGUAUGCUAACGAAACGAACGAACACCGCAAUGUUUUUUGUAUGCAACAAUCGAAGUGUUCUUUUUUUUAAUAUUGCUUCGUUGCGUUUUCAUUUUUUGAAUUAGAUCCAUCGAAAUCACACAGUUGCUGACCAGAAUGUUGAUUUCUUGUUUCGAUUGUCUGCUCGUGUUUUUUUCCUUUUGAUGCACUUUUUCUUUGCAACAGCUUCCGACACCGACCUGGGCAGCCGACGACGAAAAAUGCAAAGAAAUGGUGCAAUGGUACAAGGACCGAGGUUUGCCGAUCCCGAUCGGAGGAAACUUCAAUGGAGUCAGCGUCAAGCGCCGCAUUGCGAAGUGGUAGGCAGUGAGUGCCGCCGUGCCGUGUGUCUGGGUUUGGCCGGGUCGAUUGAUUCGCGUCGAUUCGAUUUCGACCCGGUUCCAUUCCGAUCCAUCUGCRGCGGUGGGAUACUGUGCGUUCUCAACGGAASUCGAUAACUCUGCUUUGGACGAAUCCAUCAACCCUUCAUCGAGCCUCGUGCAUUGCAACCAUCCCUGGCGGCAUCGGUCGCAAGGAUCCGGCGACAAAACGKUCUGCUGCUGGUUCUUGUGAACUGAUCAAUUGGCGUGUUAUAAACUAAAAUCAUAUUC